AUGUCUUCUGUGCUAGCACAUCUAUUGGUUCUGGCUGUUCCGGAUUUCAUUCCUAGUCUUCCCCCCACUGGCGCUGUGAACUCGAAUCUCCAUCUAUUGAGGAUGAUCUGUUAUGGGGAACUGCAUGAAAUUCUCGAACGUGUUGUCCCUACUUCAGAACAAAUGACACCUCACCCUCAUUUCAGGCAGUGGUGCUUGGAUGUGGCAUUACCGCCUACCUCAUUUACUGCACUCUCCUACACUACACAAAUUCUUGUGUUUGCAUCUGUAUCGUCAGUUUGUGGCUGGCUUCAUUGUGGAAUGAACUCAGGCCCUAAUUGGGCUACUAUAGACCGCGGUAGCGAGCCUGCGAGGCCAGUUUUCAGCAUGGAUGAUGAUGACUAA